AAUGUUGGCGCGCACCUGUUUUAGGGUAAUUACGGUAGAGAAGGAGCCUAACUGUCCCCGAACAUCUCCGGCACCAGUAAUUCAACACGCUUUUCACUGGGGGUGAUCGGAGCGGAGAGGAGACGAGAGCAAAGGAAAGGACAAGACAGGGGGCAGACGAGAUGCCAAAAAUUGUAGUAGCUUGGACAAGUAAAGGGACUUGUGCAUCAUUCUGCGCUUGAGACGCUAAAAAAACCAAAAACAUUGCGGAGCAAAACUUAAGUGGUGCGCGGCCAGCCAGCUAGCAUGCAGCGACGGCUCCGCUAAGUGCUGCGUGCGCCACUUCUGAGAAAGGGGAAGCGCUUCGGAGCAAGAAAGAAGGAGAAGAAAGGACGGAGUCCUAAAAAGAGCGAACACCGCCGCGCCGAGUGAUGGUCGCCCUCUGUGCUCACUGAACACGUCGCUACAGCCGCCGACGCUGCUGUCGUUAAGAUUCUGCUGUCUUCUUUUCUUUAACGUGCUUCUUCUUUGGGAUCACCCGGACUGAUCUUCAGAACCUGGAAGUGAAAAUCCACAUGGUCGAACAGAAGUAACGUGCGUCUUGAGCUCUGCACACUUUACACACAGGUGACCCGUGAUGAUGGUAGAAUCGGCAACUGAGACCAUUCGAACUACCCCCUCCAGUCAGAAUGGAGUGAGCAGUCUGAGCAGCCAGCCAGACAGUGGUGGGAGAGAAGGCGGGUCCAGCGGGGAAGCCAAUGGGGAAGUGAGCCCUGUUGACUUGCUGCAUCUUCAACAACAGCAAGCUCUGCAGGCGGCACGUCAGUUCCUUCUCCAGCAAGCAACAGGCUUGAAUUCUCCCAGCAGCAAUGAGAACAAGCAAGCAGCUGUGCAGGUUCCUGUGUCUGUGGCCAUGAUGACCCCUCAAAUGAUCACACCUCAGCAGAUGCAGCAGAUCUUGUCUCCUCCACAGCUGCAGGCUCUUCUCCAGCAGCAGCAAGCUCUAAUGUUGCAACAGCUGCAGGAAUAUUAUAAGAAGCAGCAGGAGCAGCUUCAUCUUCAACUGCUGACACAACAACAGCAGCAAGCAGGGAAACAGGCCAAAGAGCAGCAGCUGGGAAACAAACAGCUGGCUUUCCAACAGCAGCUUAUUCAGAUGCAGCAGCUCCAACAGCAACACCUGCUCAACCUGCAGAGGCAAGGCCUGGUGAGCCUACAACCCAGUCAGGGCGCCAUGCCCAUGCAGACGCUCCAGCAAGCCAUGUGCCCCUCAGACCUACAGCAGCUCUGGAAAGAUGUAGCCAAUGCACAGAAUGUUGAUGAAAACAUGAAACAUGAAGGCCUCGAUCUGACAACCAAUAGCUCCAACUCUACCUCUUAUUUGGCCAGCAAGGUCUCACCUCAGAUAACUCACCAUUCUUUGCCAAAUGGACAGAGCUCAGUACACACUCCAAAGAGAGAGAGCUCUUCUCACGAGGAGCACACUGCUUCUCAUCCUCUGUACGGACACGGCGAGUGCAAAUGGCCCGGCUGCGAAGCGCUGUGUGAAGACAUGGGACAGUUUAUCAAGCAUCUCAACAGUGAACAUGCGCUUGAUGACAGGAGCACAGCUCAAUGUAGAGUGCAGAUGCAAGUUGUUCAGCAGCUAGAGAUUCAGUUGGCCAAAGAAAGCGAGCGUCUCCAGGCGAUGAUGACACAUCUGCACAUGAGACCAUCAGAGCCAAAGCCUUUCAACCAGCCUCUGAAUUUGGCAUCUAGUGCCUCUCUUUUGAAAAGAGAGGGGGACACGUUUCCAGAAGGUUUACCUCACCCUCCCACCUCUGCCACAGCCCCAAUUACCCCACUACGCCAGGGACCCUCUGUUAUCAGUUCCUCCAGUCUUCAUAGCGUUGGGGGCCCCAUUCGUAGGAGGAACUCUGACAAGUUUUGCACCCCAAUCGCAUCAGAACUUGCACAGAAUCAUGAAUUCUACAAAAAUGCUGACGUCAGACCUCCUUUCACUUACGCUUCACUCAUAAGACAUGCUAUACUGGAAGCGCCUGAUCGGCAGUUAACACUGAAUGAGAUUUAUAAUUGGUUUACAAGGAUGUUUGCUUAUUUCAGGAGAAACACAGCAACAUGGAAGAAUGCUGUUCGCCACAACUUGAGCCUGCACAAGUGCUUUGUCCGAGUGGAGAAUGUUAAGGGGGCGGUAUGGACAGUGGACGAAGUUGAAUAUCAGAAGCGGAGACCACCAAAGAUGACCGGGAGCCCAACUCUCGUGAAGAACAUGAUUUCAGGUCUUGGCUACGGAUCCCUCAAUGCCAGCUACCAGGCGGCCUUGGCAGAGAGCAGCUUGCCACUUUUGAACAGCCCCACACUGGUAAAUGCAUCGACAGGAGGCAGCAUGAAUAUGCUACACAUUGGACAUGAUGAUGUGAGCAGCACAGUGGAGCAGAUUCACAGUAAUGGAAGCAGCAGUCCUGGCCUUUCGCCUCAACAGUAUGGGCACCAAGUUCAUGUUAAAGAGGAGCCAGCAGAGAUGGAGGAGGACAAAAGAUCAGUGUCGCUGAUGCCUGCAGUGAGCCAAACUCUGGUGAUGCCUGGUGAUGAUCGGGUCAUGGAAGAGGAACUCCCGGGGGAAGAGCUGGAGUAAGGUGUCCAGCCUUUCCAACUCCACUCCCCUUCCCACCCAGCCUGGUGCAUCCUUGUCGUCUUGUAAAGAAAAAUGAAACAGCAACAGGGUCAGUCAGUCCUUCCAUCAAUCUGUUCAUGAGCUUCAGACUUGCACAAAGCAUUGGCACUCUUCAGAGCGGCCCUCAUUGGGCUUGUAUUUUCCUUCAGUUACAUAUCGUCGGAAGUUCAGUGACCAAAACUUGAUUGCAAUGCUUCCUGAAGCGCCUAGGGUGCUAGAUUCCUCUUUCAGAUUUUAUCUGGCACCUGCAUGCCCUGGAAAUAUUAAGGUUUUCCCUUGGAGGUGACACCUCCAUGUGUGUGCAGUAUGCUGCCUCUUCAGUUUUUUUCUGUUUCUUUGUUGAUUUUUUUUUUUUUUUUUACAAUGUUUUUGAAUGUUUUUAUUUCACCAAACCUCAUGUGCAGCCCAUGUAGUAGGGCUGAGAGGAAAAAUAUUCCUUCAGAAGGACCCCCAUCUCUCCUCCAUCCUGCAAGGGAGAUAAACUGUUUCAAUAAUAAUGGACCAAAGGGGGAAGGGGAUACAAAAUGAUUAAAGAAUGGAGAGGUGGGGAGUGGACCAAGAUGGCCAUCAAAUGAAAGAGAGUGACAGAGGGAGGGAGAACUCUACUGCAUGGAGAACUAUUGAAGUCCCAGUCUGAGGAGCAGAUUUUUAAGCCAGCUUCAUUGUGCUAUUGAAAUACCUGUGGUCUCACAGCAUCAUUUGUUCUGUUUGGAAGCACCCAUGGAAUCCCAGUAGGUGGAGGGAUGAAUGCAUAAUGCUCCAGAGCUGAGGACAACAUUUAUUCCCUCUCUUUUGCCAGACAUGUGGAUCUGGGUGAGAGCUGUGGGUACAUCUUGAAUUAUAAGGUCGAUUCCCAGUCUCCUCAUACAAAUCUCUAUAUAUUUUAAGGGUGGUUGUGUCUGAGCUAAUGGAUGAUGUUCUUUGGUAGCCAGUCAGCUGCCUGCUUUUUCACCUACAAGCACAAGCUAAAGUUAACAUGCCGGUAAAGAAGCAAAACCAGAACAUGCACGGAGUUACCUCUUCAGUACAACCCCCACUGCUGCUGUGUUCCCAUCAAGAUGUACAACACCCGCUUUCAGAGACCUAAACCUAUGAGACCCAUGGCGACUGCUUAUCCAUCUUGUUUUCUUGUUUUAAUUUUUUCUCUCCACAUUUCCAAAUGUAAAUUUCUUCAAGCAGCACUUAAACCACCAUGAGAUAUAAGCUAGCCAGCAAAGAGGUGUGCAGAGGAACGCAGAGGUGUUCUCCAUCUCACCGGCCCAUUCCUUCAAUAAGGCGGCAGGUUUUGUACCAGAGCCCUGAGUCCCAUUUGCUCGCAGUGCUCCUUCUGUGUGUUGUCUGUCUUAUUGAUGUCAGUGCUUAUGCAAAAGCAUUGUGUUAAAUGGAAGAAAAAAUAGAAAAACUGGGGGGUGGGGUGGGGGUGGUGUUUAGGAUAAAAAUGAAAAGAAAAAAAAAACCUCUUACAAUGACACGAUACCUCAUUCCACUGAAGGUCCAGACCCUGACUAUGUACCCGGUUUAAACUUUAGGGGGACUCCACCACACGCUAUGCGUAUUUAAAUAUAUAUAUAUGUGUGUGUGUGUAUGUGUACGUAUGCGUGCAUGCAUGGAGUUCACCGUGUGAACUGAGAUUGUCUUUUUGGAACAGCUAGUGAAAUUUGAAACUUUUGUCCAUGAGCACAAAAGCAUACCACUUCUAUAGAAACCGUACCAAAAUGUAAUACUGUUUUCCGACUCUGUAUUUGUCUUGUUUUAUUAUUAGUUUUUUUUUCCUUGUUUUCUUUGAUUUACAGGUUACCAAAGAAAUAUGUAUGAAACCAAAAACCCAUUUUUAGUUCAUUGACUUUUUUUUAUUCUUCCCCUCAGUUUUCCAAAAAUAUUUUACACCUCAGCUGUUUGUGGGGGUUUUAAAUUGUAUUUAUUAUAAUUUUUUAUGUAUCUUGUUUGCUUACUGUACAGAGCAUUGCAAACCAAAGUGACAUGAUUUGGUUUCUUAAACACUACCGGUUGUCUAAGAAGCAUAAAGAUGUGGUUAGGCCAAAAAGCAGGCAGAAGAAGAAAAUCCAAACAGUAUUAAGAGACCUCUCACAGUUCCUCGAAAAGAAAAAGAAAAGCACUUAAUGCUGUAUCCUUGUUGCUCAGGCUACAACAAUGUUGUAAACACAGACUUUAGGGUUCAUGUAAGAGAUAAGAAGGCUCUUCCAACCCUCUUUUCCAUUUGGACCAGUAAAGCACUUAAGAGAUUCUUUCUUUCUUUCUUUCUUUCUUUCUUUCUUUCUUUGUAGAAGCUAGGCAACGCAUUAACUGGUGACACUAGCAAAAUUGGGGGUGUCGUGUCUGACUACCCAUUUAAACAGUUGCUGUGGAGCAGAAACGAAGGAGAAUGAUUCUCCUAAAUCUAGCAUUGGCACACCUUGAUACUGGCAGAGGCCUCUGUUUUCAAGGUGUCCAGAAGUGGGACUCUGGAGACUUCUUUGAAUGAUCAGCCUGGAGUGUUUAGGAGUGCUUAACCUGAUAAAUACACCAGUCCACCGAGUGCCAUCUCUUUGUGCCUAGAGAACUGUGUGUACUGUCUUAAGGUAGCGGGUAGGUUUUAAUUGGAACUUCAAUUAAACUAAAGGGGGAUAGAAAGAACAAUGCACAUACAGUGUCAUAAUAAUUGGAAGGCUGUGACAGUAGCCGCAUUGCUUCAGACAAAAAACCUUCUUAAUUAGACUUGUUUGUGGAAAAGUGUCUACAGUUUACACGCACGUGGCUGAAACGCACGGAGUGCAUGUUCAUAGAAGCCAUUGCAGUAAUCCAAAAACCAAUGUUAGUAAUAAUAUAAUGACACUACCUCUUCAGAAGAGAAUGUCAGAGAGUAAACAAUUGUUGUGACGCUGAUUUCACUUUUUUAUAUAUAUUUUUCCCCUUAAGUUUUGAAUACCAAAUUAAUUUUAUUUCCCAAGUUUAUGCAGCAUGUAUUAAAGUGUUAGAUUAAAGCAUAAGCCUCACACUACAUCUGAUACACAAAAAUCUAGAAGUAUUAAAUAACUGAUAACAAUGACAGAAAAAGUACUACCUCUUCCCAAAAACUAUUAUUCCAUAAUUGUUAUUAGACAUUUUGAGCUAUUGCUGUACAGACUGCAUCAUCCUUAAGUGGUCCAUUACCAUACAAAACACGUGGAAACAGCUUUUACAUCCAAGCAUCAUUUUGUUUGCUAAUUACUGUAUUUUAAUGAAGGCUGGCUCUCAAGAAACUGCUGAGGUCAAAUGUUGUGCUCACUGGAGAAACCCUUUCAGUAGUGGGACCAGUCCUGGCAGAGCCAUCUUCACAAGGCAAGCCUCCUGCUUCCAAAAGAAGCAGUAUUUCAUGAAAGGGAAAUGUUUGAGUCCCUUAUUAUAACAUGUCGUCUCAUGAAUGUAACGUUUUUACUUUGAACCUAUGUAGUAUGCUUUGUCUGUCAACACGUUCGGAUGCCUUUUUGAGGAUGGCUCUUUUUUGUUUGUUUUUACUGUCUUUUUUGUGGUAUUAUGUUUAAACUUUGUAUUUUUUUUUUUUAAAAAUUGCCUGAAAUGAAACACUAAAUACGGAAAAUACAUAUAUAUAUACCUGUAUAUCUCAUUUUGAUGUGUAAAAUUCCUUCCUCACAAACCCAAGUCAAAAAAGAGGUUCUUAAUGUACCUUAGUAGCAUAAAAUGUCAUGUGGUGGAAAUGGAUAAACUUUUUGACUGCAUCACCCAGUGCCUGCCAUAAUGGAAUGAGAACUAUUAUUAAACAGAUAUCUUGGGGAUUCUUUUAUUUCCCUACUUUGUAUCCCAUAAUUUCAGAAUAUUGUUGUAAACAUCAUCAUUAAUUUUUCACAAGUCUUUUUUUAUACACAAUUAAAUAUUCAAUUUUAUUCCCUGUACAGUUAGUUAAAGUAAAGUUAAAGAGUGUUUAUGUGUGCAUUUGAUAAUUUAUGUAUAUAGCUUUCAGUGUGUGUUAGUAAACUGAUUGCAACAGCAAUGCAAAACUUAGAAGUGCAUAGUUACUUAACAUCACUGAUCCAGCAUAUAUCCAAACUCAUCUAUAUCUUCAUGGCCUGGUGGGAAGCCACAUACGUACUGCUUCCAGCACCAUCGCUGAUCGAGGAUUGAUUUGCCACGUAAUGCCUUCAGCCCGUAAAAUGCCGUGAAUACUUUAAGAUUUGUUUAGAAGAAAGAACAUGGCUGUUGUUUGCUGGCAUAGUUCAAGAACUUGUAUUGACAUCACACUAUUUCCCAUGUGUGCUUAUAAUACAUAUGUACUGAAGUAUGUACAUAUUAUUCAUGCUGUAUGUGUGGGCAGUUACAUUCAUUGUGUCAUAUGUGUGUGUAUAUAUAUAUAUAUAUAUAUAUAUAUAUAUAUAUAUAUAUACACACACAUACAUAAACUCUAAACCUGCUUAUUCUAUUUUUAGUGUCAUAGGAGGCAGAAGCCUUUCCUUAGAGUCAGUCUUUCUUUUACGGUAUUUGGGAUGUGGGAGAAACCUGUGCAUUGAUAGAGAAGCCAUUCAGAAAUAUGUUAACUAUGUUGAAAAUCUAAAGAAAGUGAUUUGGAACUUAGCCUAUUAGAGUUGUAAGACAGAACUGCUGGCAAUUGUGGCAUUGGGCACCUAUAUAAUAUUACAUUUCUCAAACUGAAUACUAGUUUUGUUUUUUGGUUUUUUCGCUACUAAACACAACACUAAAGCAUGUGGAUUAAUUAUUGCUUGCGGUUUGUGUUGGUUGCACAUCACUCUUGGUAAUACUACUAAAGGGGCAGGCUUUCAUAUUUCACACAGACAGAGACACAAAUACAUUGACGCUUUUCCAGUUUCCUUCUUCAUGCCCAUUUUGUGAUCAAAUUUUUUUUUUAUGUUUUACACACAGUUUUAGCCCACUACUAGAAUCAGCAUUACAUACCUGGGGGGCCACCCCAUCCAACAUUGCCUGAUACAGGUCUGUGAUGUUAUGUUGGCCUUGCAAAGCAUCACAUUAAUCAAAGCUGGCCAGUUUCCAUUAAAAACAUUUGGUGAACAUGUUCACCAGUUGAGCACAGCAUAUUUCCUGUGAACAUUUCACUGAUCAGUAUGUAUGUGUGUGUGUGUGUGUGUGUUUACAACUGUGUAUAUGUAGUGCAAAACAGACAGUGAAAAAGAUUGGUGUGUGCACCUUUUGACAGUAUCUGAUCUAAUGACACUAUUACUAAUGUUUUGCCUUUUGGGUGGAACAGUCUACUUUUACUUUUAUUUCUAGACUUCUGUCUAAGAAGCAUCAUGUCUGUCACUUUCUAUUUUUUUUCUCUUGCCCAUGCCCAUUCAUCACAUUGUCACAGUAUCAUCUAAAUUGCUGAAACACAAUCUGAGUCAACUGAACGAAAAAUAAGCUUUAUUUCUUCAAGAUCAGAGUGUGGUGACAGGGCCUGUUCUGCACCCCCUAGAUGACUGAGGUUUCUUUUGAAAGUGAAAGAAAAAAAAACCUGAAUGAAAGUGCCCAGUUCAUAUGCUUAAAGUUGUGAGCAGUUUCCUGUAAAUAUGCUUGCCCUUGACUACACAUAUUUUAUUUCUUUCUAAAGCAACAAGUGCUGAAAUUAUGGGAUGUUAUUGUUAGAGUAAGGCAGUGAUGCAUAUCAAACUCCAGAGGUUUGUUCCUACACACAAGUGUGUUGACUUCUUCACUAAACUGUUCAUAUGAAGAAGCCAGGCAGUGGUUGCCUUCAGGUAUUGCUGAAUUUCUUUGUCAUCCUGAGCAACUUUUCAUUCAACAUUUCCCUGCUACCAGUAAUCCAAGCUCCUUUAUGCUAAGACAGUAACUAGCACCAUGCACCUUUUGAAUUUAUUACAAGGCAACGAUUUAAGACAUGCUUCUGACUGGUUUAAUUCUGUUUUAUUUGACAUUUGGUAAAAAGUCCAGGUUUUAAAUGGUAAGGAUCCAGUGUUGAAAGUGUGAAACUUUUCUGUGUGUGUGUGAGUGUGUGUGCGUGCGCAUGUGUAAUGUUCAUUGCUAAAUCCAGUAUGAUAAAAGGGGACAGUGGAGGCUGAAAUCAAAGGAAAAUGCAUUCAUCCAAAGAGUCAAACCAGUGCAGACCAAGGUCCGCUAAAGACAAAGAAAUGACAGUAGCAUGUGUCAACAGGGAUCCAUCUCUGACACCGACCUUUCACCCGUGCUCUAAAAGGUACAUCUGUUAACCGAGUUGUUUUCUAAAUUGGAGGUGAGCUGAUGAUCCUGUUUGGGGGAACAGUGAUGUGACUUGAUUACAGUAGACAAAUGACUUUGCAGCCCUCCUGUUCUGAUGUACAUUAUUGCUUUAACUCAGCUCUCAAGAGCAUUUAUGUUUUUAUUUUGUUGUCUUUUUAUAUAUAUAAAUAUAUAUAUAUAUACUUUUGCCUUUGGCUGGCAUUUGUAAAGCUUUGAGCCCCCCUCCCGCCCCACCCCAAACUUCAUUGCUUUGCUGAAAGAAAAAGUGUAUGUAUUUAUCAAAUUAAGUUCAACAGGUAAAAUGGUUAAAUAGUUUUUCAUAAAGCGUCUGGGACGAUUUUUUUUUAUUAUUAUUAAAUGUAUUAUCUUGAAAAGAAAGAAAAAAGCGUUAGAUAAGUGGUUUAGGUAACACACCUGUUUGUAUAUUUAUCUUAGCUAGGUCUAUUUUGAUACUUUUUUGUCUCUGUACUGCAUUUAUGCAUUUUUAAGGUAAAAGAAAAAAAUGAACGAGUUUUCUUGAUACCUCAAAAGGACUUUACUCAGACAGGACCAAACCUUGACAAUUUGAAGAAAACAAAGAAAAAAAACUAUGUAGCCCUCUCACUUUUCCGAAGGAGCAGUUUUAAGGUGUUUUGUGGGUCCGUUAUGGUGCCAAUCCCAUUUGUUUUGUUUUUUUCCCUGCCAUUCUCUUGAAGACUCUUUCUGCAGGCAGUGGUAGUUUUGGACACCUGCCUCUGGCUUGGAGAACCACUUUAUUCCACGUUGCAUUUGGAUGACACCACUGCGGCACACUGGUAUUCCAAAAAAAAAAAAAAGACUUCCCAGAAGUGUUAGCUUUACUGUUGUUGCCUAAGGGUCCACUGGAAAGUGAAUGUUUUGUUCUGGGCUCCAUAUGGAAAUAUGAUGUACGCCUCAUCCUGCGCAUCAUGUAGCCAGGGAUAUAUUGGGACGGCUUUAAAGGGAGGCACAGCCAUCAGAGGACCACAGAUGCCCCCACAUUACAGCAGCACUUUUUCUUUUUGUCUUUUUGUUUGUCUAUCAGACGGACUCCAUACUGGAGAGACGCUUCCACUUAAUAAUCCAACCAGCACCAUAGAGGAUGGGCCCACUGCUCCUCUCUUGCUCUGCCACAUGUAUAUGGAUUUUCUUGCCAGUGGUGAUCCUUUUUAAGGUGUUGCAAAGAACUACCACUUCCUGUCUCAUUGUAUUCUUCGAAUGUGUUUAAAAAGGAAAAAAAAAAAGACUUUUUUUUUUGUUUUGUGACUUUUCUGUACACAUUUGAGAACCGCUUGUGUGUCAUGAGAGGUAAGCAAAGCAGUGGCAGAGUGCGACUGAACUCAGAAUGUUGCUGCUGGCUCGCCUCAUUGGAGAGACGCCUCUCUGAUCCAAGUCACUGCCAUUUUUCUUCAUGCUGUAUUAAAAAAAGGAAUGAAAGAAAGAAAACACAUAUAUCUGUGUAUUUGUAACCUGAAUCUCCUUGUGUCUGUUCAUGCAGACAAUAAACAAAAAACUGUACAGUAGUUCUAGUUGCAUGUAUUCUGUACUAAUUAUUGACAAUGGCAUUAUAAAAUGCAAUAAAAUACUUAUUACACUGUC